AAAUAAUGCAGUUUUCAGAGGGAAAAAAAAGUCUUAUGGGAAGACCUGACCCUUGACCAGUCUGCCUGUGUCAACAAUACCAGCGAUAAUAUUGCGAAGACAAGGUUAAGUACAGCAGAUCGAAAAGACUGAGACUAUUUAUUGCAUUUAAUAAGAGAAGGUUAACUCAUUGCCGUUAGUCUGUUAUCACAAAAAAUGGCAGAAACAUUUGAUAAAAAGAAGACAAUUGAUCUAAGGCAUAAGUAUAUUGGCCCAUCCUGUAAGGUUUUCUUCGGCCAUGACCCCAUCAAGAUUGUACGUGCCAAAGGCCAGUACAUGUAUGAUGAAAAAGGAGACAAGUAUUUGGACUGUAUCAACAACGUCGCCCAUGUUGGUCACAGUCACCCAGACGUGGUAAAGGCUGGGGCCACGCAGAUGGAGAUCCUGAACACCAACUCACGUUUCCUGCAUGAUAACUUGGUAGAAUACGCCCAGCGCCUGCAGGCCACCCUGCCAGACAGCCUCUCCGUUUGCUAUUUUGUCAACUCAGGCUCUGAAGCCAAUGACCUGGCCUUGAGACUGGCUUGGCAGUACACUGGCCACAAAGGCAUCAUCACUUUGGACCAUGCCUACCACGGUCAUGUGUCAUCCCUCAUUGAUAUCAGCCCAUAUAAGUUUCACCAGAUGACAGGGUCACAGCGCAACCAAUUAGUUUAUGUGGCGCCCAGCCCUGACAUCUAUCGAGGGAUUUACCGCGAGGACCACCCUGACCCCGCUACCGCUUACUCAGACGAGGUCGGGAACAUCAUUGAGAAUGCCCGUAAGAAAGGGCAGAAGAUCGCAGCUUUCAUCGCCGAGUCCCUGCAGAGCUGCGGAGGGCAGGUCAUCCCACCUGAAGGGUACUUCCAAAAAGUGGCACAACAUGUGCGGACGGCAGGGGGUGUCUUCAUUGCAGACGAAAUACAGGUGGGCUUCGGCCGUGCAGGAACUCACUUCUGGGCAUUCCAGCUACAGGGCAAGGAUUUUGUACCUGAUAUUGUAACCAUGGGAAAGCCUAUCGGCAAUGGCCACCCAAUGGCGUGUGUCAUCACCAGCAGGAAAAUCGCCGAAGCCUUUAUGUCCUCCGGGAUGGAGUAUUUCAACACGUUUGGAGGCAAUCCCGUUUCCUGUGCUAUUGGGCUGGCUGUCCUUGACGUUAUUGAGAAAGAGGCUCUGCAAGGCAAUGCUUUGCGAGUCGGGAGGUACCUGACAGAGCUCUUGCGUCAACAGAAAGAGAAGCACCCACUGAUUGGAGACAUCAGGGGGGUGGGUUUGUUUGUUGGGGUUGAGCUUGUGAAGGACAGAUCCAAGCGGACUGCAGCUACUGCAGAGGCCCAAGAUGUCAUUCACAAGUUGAAGGAACAUCGAAUCCUUCUUAGUGCUGAUGGUCCAGACAGGAAUGUUCUGAAGUUCAAACCACCCAUGUGCUUCUCUGAAGAAAAUGCCAAGUUUGCUGUGGACAUGAUCGAUGAGAUCCUUACUGCCAUUGAAAAAACCUUGGGACUGCCGGCACCCAGCGAUGUGGGAUGUGCAAAUCACCAUUCAUGUCACGGGGUAUCAUGUGACAAAACUGUGCAAAAACAACAUGGAAACAGAAACAGCCAUUUGAAUGGUGUCGACAGCUAGAUGGAAACGAAGUCACAGGAUUUUUCCCGAUAAAAAGACUAUAACUCUAAACCCAGACCAAAUUUUUCUCUGUUUUUAAAUACCCAGGAAUGUGGACAUUAAUUAUAAAGGGUGGCUUGUGGCAAUAUUCUAUAUAAAUGUCAUUUAAAUAAUUAUUUAAAUUAUAAUAAAAAUUGUCAUUUAAAAGACUUUUUAAAAAUAUGCCAUUUAAAUGAUACCAGUAACCAUUAAAACUAUCGCAAAGUUACCCAUCAAAGUCAGUGGUUACGCUUAAAACUAAACCUAACAUCUGAUUUGUUACAUUGCGCAAUAAGUCACAACAGAUAGAAUUUAGUUUACUAGGUGAGAUCUAAUUCAUAACCACGUUUUGUCUGUUCUGUCCUGAAAUGGCCUGAAAUUCUGCACAGUGCGCAGGGUCCAUCUGCUCCAAGAUGUCCAGCCUACCACCUUCACCUUCCACAGACGGUAUUCAAGAUAGUCUGUGGCCAUGAAUUACCAUCCGUCUAUGUCCAGCACCCUCCCGACUGUCUUGUACAGGCCGCAUGAUGUUAAAAGUGAAUAGAGAUUUAAGAGAUGUUAACAGGAUGAUCAAGCGAAUGAAUGAAUGAAUGAAUGAAUGAAUGAAUGAAUGAAAGGCAAGCUGAAGCACAGGGCCACAGGCAUGUAAAGAAAAGUCGGUGGGAGCAGUAAGUUCUUUAUGUAAUUAUCCUACUAUUGCAGACAAGCAGGCAGGACAUGCAGGCCAAAGCAACCUAGACUGCCAGCACCACGGACAAUAAGACUAAGACUUUUUUGGUUCAGCUUGGGCUGCUCACCUUAUCCUACUUCAGCAUGAUUUUUUAGGGCUAACAAAGAUGAAUAGUAAUAACAACAACAAUAAAUAUGCAGUUUGUAUAAUAUA